GUCGCAGUGGUUGGAGAGGCGUAGGGGGUAGACUGCCUCUGCCUCUACUCCCUCCCCCCUUUUUUCUCUCUGGGAGGAGGAGGAGGAGGGGAAGGGGUUUUGCAGAGCAAGCGAUGGAUGAGGAAAACAUGACGAAAAGCGAGGAGCAGCAACCUCUGAGUUUGCAAAAAGCCUUACAGCAGUGCGAGUUGGUACAAAACAUGAUAGACUUGAGCAUCUCCAACCUGGAAGGGCUUAGGACCAAAUGUGCUACCUCCAACGACCUCACACAAAAAGAAAUCCGGACCCUGGAGAGCAAGCUGGUGAAGUACUUCAGCCGGCAGCUGUCCUGUAAGAAGAAGGUGGCUCUGCAGGAACGCAGCGCGGAGCUGGACGGCUUCCCCCGGCUCCGGCACUGGUUCCGGAUCGUCGACGUGCGCGAGGAAGUCCUGGAGGAAAUCUCCCCGGGUCAGCUGAGCCUGGAGGACCUCCUGGAGAUGACGGAGGAGCAGGUGUGUGAGACGGUGGAGAAGUAUGGAGCCAACCGGGAGGAGUGCGCCCGCCUCAACGCCUCGCUCUCCUGCCUCAGGAACGUGCACACGUCAGGAGGCAACCUUUCAAAGCAGGACUGGAUCAUCCAGUGGCCCACCCCAGAGACGGGCAAGGAGAACAAUCCCGUGUGCCCUCCGGAGCCCGCCCCGUGGAUCCGCACCCACCUCUCUCAGAGCCCCAGGGUCCAGUCCAAGUGUGUCCAGCACUUGUGUCACACCAGCCCCACGCCGGGGGCCCCCGUGUACACCCACGUGGACAGGCUCACCGUGGACGCCUACCCAGGCUUGUGCCCGCCGCCGCCCCUGGAAUCGGGCCACCGUUCCCUGCCCCCCUCACCCCGCCAGCGGCACGCAGUCCGCACCCCACCACGCACCCCAAAUAUCGUCACCACUGUGACCCCGCCAGGCACGCCGCCCAUGAGGAGGAAGAACAAGCUGAAGCCCCCGGGGACCCCGCCGCCCUCCUCCCGAAAGCUGAUCCACUUGAUCCCGGGGUUCACGGCGCUGCACAGGAGCAAAUCCCACGAGUUCCAGCUGGGUCACCGCGUGGACGAGGCGCACACGCCGAAAGCCAAGAAGAAGAGCAAACCUUUGAACCUCAAGAUCCACAGCAGCGUGGGCAGCUGCGAGAACAUCCCUUCCCAACAGCGCUCCCCACUGCUGUCCGAGCGCUCCCUGCGCUCCUUCUUCGUGGGACACGCGCCCUUUCUGCCGUCCACCCCUCCUGUCCACUCGGUCCACACCACGGAGGCCAACUUCUCUGCAAACACACUGUCAGUGCCGCGCUGGUCCCCGCAGAUCCCGCGCAGAGACCUCGGCAACUCCAUCAAGCACAGGUUUUCCACCAAGUACUGGAUGUCUCAGACAUGUACAGUCUGUGGGAAGGGAAUGCUUUUUGGCCUCAAGUGUAAAAACUGCAAGUUAAAGUGCCACAACAAAUGCACCAAAGAAGCCCCGCCCUGUCACCUCCUGAUCAUCCACCGGGGGGAUCCAGCAAGGUUGGUCCGGACAGAGUCGGUCCCGUGUGACAUCAACAACCCUGUCCGGAAGCCACCUCGGUAUUCGGACCUGCACAUCAGUCAGACUCUCCCCAAAACCAACAAAAUCAACAAGGACCACAUCCCUGUCCCUUACCAGCCAGACUCCAGCAGCAACCCCUCAUCCACGACGUCGUCCACGCCGUCCUCACCAGCACCCCCGCUCCCUCCCAGCGCCACGCCGCCUUCUCCCAUGCACCCUUCCCCGCAGUGCACGAGGCAGCAGAAGAACUUCAACCUGCCAGCUUCUCACUACUACAAGUACAAGCAGCAGUUCAUCUUCCCAGAUGUAGUGCCGGUGCCAGAGACGCCAACCCGGGCGCCCCAGGUCAUCCUGCAUCCGGUGACUUCGAAUCCAAUCUUGGAAGGAAAUCCAUUACUUCAAAUUGAAGUGGAGCCAACCUCGGAGAACGAAGAGGGCCGCGACGAAGCCGAGGAGUCGGAAGACGACUUCGAGGAGAUGAACCUGUCCCUCCUCUCGGCCCGGAGCUUCCCGCGCAAGGCCAGCCAGACCAGCAUGUUCCUGCAGGAGUGGGACAUCCCCUUCGAGCAGCUGGAGAUCGGUGAGCUCAUCGGGAAGGGCCGCUUCGGGCAGGUCUACCACGGCCGCUGGCACGGCGAGGUGGCCAUCCGGCUGAUCGACAUCGAGAGGGACAACGAGGACCAGCUCAAGGCCUUCAAGCGGGAGGUGAUGGCCUACAGGCAGACGCGCCACGAGAAUGUGGUCCUUUUCAUGGGCGCCUGCAUGAGCCCGCCGCACCUGGCCAUCAUCACCAGUCUCUGCAAGGGACGGACACUCUAUUCGGUGGUGAGGGAUGCCAAGAUCGUCCUGGAUGUCAACAAAACCAGACAGAUCGCUCAGGAAAUUGUGAAGGGCAUGGGUUACCUCCACGCCAAGGGGAUCCUUCACAAGGACCUCAAAUCCAAGAACGUCUUCUACGACAACGGCAAAGUGGUCAUCACGGACUUUGGGCUCUUCAGCAUUUCCGGGGUGCUGCAGGCUGGCAGGCGAGAAGACAAACUGCGCAUCCAGAACGGCUGGCUGUGCCACCUGGCGCCGGAGAUCAUCCGCCAGCUGUCCCCCGACACAGAGGAGGACAAGCUCCCCUUCUCCAAGCACUCGGACGUCUUUGCACUUGGCACGAUCUGGUACGAACUCCAUGCCAGGGAGUGGCCUUUCAAGACCCAACCAGCCGAGGCAAUAAUAUGGCAGAUGGGCACAGGCAUGAAGCCCAGCCUCAGCCAGAUUGGCAUGGGAAAAGAAAUCUCGGACAUUCUUCUUUUCUGCUGGGCCUUCGAGCAGGAGGAAAGGCCCACCUUCACCAAGCUCAUGGACAUGCUGGAGAAGCUGCCAAAGCGCAAUCGCCGCCUGUCUCAUCCCGGACAUUUCUGGAAGUCUGCAGAGCUGUGACCCUGGGACAAUGGGACCACGCUGGGCUGCCUCAGCUCCUGAGCCACCUCUCCCUCCCUGCUCCGCCCCUGCCAGCUCGGGAGGCCAGAAGCUCACCACCAGAGGGGCCCGACCAUCCGGCUUCGGAGCGCCGC